AUGAAAGCCUUUAUUGGAUUGGUUGUGUGUGUGGUGGCACUGCUAGCUGUUGUCUGCACUGCAGGGCCCCCGGUGUUAUCCGUCACCACUAUAUUGCAAGAACCAUACACUAUGACCCAAGGGUCUGAGCUGGAGGGGUACUGCAUUGACCUGCUGGCGGAGAUCGCCAAAAAGUUGGACUUCAAGUACACCGUGCACCUGGUGAAGGAUGGAAAAUACGGGCAACAGGACGAGAGCGGAAACUGGUUGGGGAUGAUCGGGGAGGUGGUCCGAGGGGAGGCCGAACUGGCGGUUGCCUCUCUGACCCUCACAGCGACCAGGGAGCAGGGGGUGGAGAUGAGCACUCCCUUCAUGCAGACGGGCAUUGGUUUCAUCCUGAGCAGGGACCUGGGCUCCGAGGAGAGCCACUCCCUCAGUUUCAGUUUCCCCUUCUCCACGGAAAUGUGGGUGGGCAUCCUCCUGGCCUUCCUGGUGACCGGCCUCUGCAUAUAUCUGGUGGCUAGGAUAAGCCCCUGUGAGUGGGCAGACCCCGAGACAGACGAACUCAGCUUCACUCUCCUGCACAGCUUCUGGUACAUCACUGGAGCCCUGACCCUGCAAGGUGCUGGCCCACACCCUAAAGGCCUGUCUGGUCGCGUUAUCAGCGCCGUCUGGUGGGUGUUCGCGGUGGUGCUCCUGGCCUGCUACUUCAGCAACUUUAACGCCAUGCUACGCUCGGAUUCCAAACACGUCUCGGUGAAUAACUUCGAGGAGCUGGCCAAACAGGACGUCAUCGACUACGGAACAGUCGAAGGGGGAUCCACGUUCAACUUCUUCAAAAACUCCAACAACCCCACCUACCGACGCAUCUACCAGCAUAUGGAGAGGAAGAAGAGCUGCGUGGCUUCAGUGGAAGAGGGCAAUCGACGCACCCAGGAAGGCAACUACGCCUUUAUUGGAGAGGCAGCGUCUCUGGACCUGGCUGUGGCUCGCUACUGCAACCUGAUCCGCAGCAGCGAACUCAUCGCCAUGAGAGGGUACAGCAUUGCAGCACCCCUAGGCUUUCCAAUGAUGAAGAACAUAACAGUGGCCAUACUGCAACUGAGUGAAUCUGGGGAGUUGGCCUUCCUGCAGAGUAAGUGGUGGGCCAGCAGCUGCUUGCCAGAGGGGGGCCAAGCCCCACAUGCCCUCCAGCCCCACCUCCUGAGAGGCCUCUUCCUGCUCCUGGCCCUGGGGUUGGGCCUGGGACUCCUCAUGGCCCUCCUGGAGCUUGCCUCCAAGGCCCGCAGUCAAGCCAAGGAGCAGAAGAAAUCCUGCUGCUCAGUGUUGUUGGCAGAACUGAGUCAGCGCUUUGGAUCGCGUGGGGCAAAAGCAGGCACAGAGACGUCAGAGAAGAGCAAAGCGUAAAGGACGCGUUUCACUGGCUGCUUCCUAACAACACCAGAUGCAAAUAAGAUCGUGUAAAUCCGUUCCUGUCCUUGAGAGCAGCAGUAUCUUCCCUAUCAUAGUGUAUCUACAGCAACAUGUUCUGUUUCAUAGCGUACCACACAGCUACCAACUUCCCCACCUGUAAGUACAAUGUUAGAAUAUAUAUAUAUAUUCUUAUUAGAGUAGAUUGCACUAUAGUUUCCACUCUGAAAAGGUAUUAUUAAGCCACUAAAGACAACAGACACAACAGCAUUUCCUGUCCUCAGACGACACGGUCCACUGCAGAUAUUAACAGACAGUGAUUCAAUAUGAAGUUGAUACAGGCUUUUCAAUUAACCUCCAGAUGAAUGUGUAAAGCGUAUGUUAUUGUAGGCCUAUUUGUUGUUGUUGAUAUGAACAGGUGUUUUUUUGUGUGUACUGCCAAAAUAUGUUGUACUAA